CCGCCUCGGCUCGUCUGCCCUGACCGCCUGGAAGUGGUUUUGUACCGCGGUAACUCAUGGCCAAGUUUGCAAGACUUCACGGGAAUGUUAUUAAGUCGCGCGCAAACGCUGACAGCCAGCCAGCCAGCCGCGAUCUUCACGGGCAAAAUGCCCGGAACGCCCAGUGCUUCCCAACUUUAAGCUAUAGGACAGGUUCAGGGGUUGGUUGUGUACAACGUUAACCUAAUGAUUGUGCAGCCACACUGUUUGUGGUAUUACUAAAGUUGAAAAAGGAACGUACAGCAGACAAAAGAAGAAACAUUGUAACUACAACAAGCUUGGGAGAAAAAACGUCGGUCCCCUUGUUUCGUCACAACCUCGAUCGGCACAGCGCAACUAACACAGACGCAUUGGGCGCACUUUACUGUGGGUCAGUGAGAAAAUCAAGGAAAAAUUUCGGAUCUGUUUUCUUAAUCUUCACGUUUCAGAUUAAUUUGUCGCAUUCAAGCAAUAGAAAAUAGAUAAACCAAUACGAGAAUUUCUAAAAUUUUAUUUUUGUCAUUAUGCAAUAAUUUUCAUAUUUGGCAUUGCAAACAAACCAGUAAAGGGCGCCCUCUGUAGUAACAGGAAAUCCAGUCCAACAAAAGUUUACGGUUGCUAGGAGAUGCAAUUUGCCGAUAUCCGUGGGCACGAAAAAUAAUGAUUACAUUUAAACCGUUAACAAGGCAAAUUUCGAUGAAUUACACAAACCUUCAUUAAUUAUACUUGGAUAUCGUACGCUUUUAGUGAUCUUUUAUCAUCUUUAACUCAAAUAUAGAAAGAUUUGGAACUAUAUUCGCAAGGACGGUGCACGUAUUCGCCAUUGCAAAGUUGUGACAGGUCGGUCUAUACACAAAAUCGUAAGUUCGGCGGGUCAAACGAACAGCUACACAGCAGCAGGUGUACAUCCAUUACAAUACACGGCAAGUGUUUAUUGGGCCGUGUAUACGAUAAUCGCUCGAUCAAUACACCUGAGAGAGGCCUUGAAAUCGGUUCUUUUGUGUGGUUUGUGACCCGGUGUGCAGGGCUACCGUGUUACCCGCUGUUAUGUGAUAAUGAGACGAUGAUAAUUGCGGACAUCAACUAAGCAAAACAGAAGAAAAUUGUUACUUCGGCGGCUGAAAUUGGUUGCAACAAAUUGACUGCAGAUAUCGUGUUGACAGGAACUUGUUCAAUGUUGAAAAUGUUCUGCUUGCAGCAGCUCUGAUGAAACCACUUGACUUAAGGUGAGGCAAAUCACACAGCUCGCAUCAUUUGGGUCCUGGUAUGAGGAAAGGGACAGGAGUUGAGAUGCAUGAUACUCAGCGUGAGCGUCGAGCCAGACAGCUGCGGCUGGUAUUACAGUGUUCGGGACCAGGGAGUGUGACUGGUAGCCGGACAAGCCAGUGCCGACGGGAAGGCAGACCACAUGGUGGAUACAAAGGUCUGUCCAAGAAGUAUCCUCUGUCCCGUUCUGGCUUUGACAAACAAGAGUUUAUGGAAGAGGUCAAGAAUAGCGUCAAUGCUCAGUACAGGGAGGAACAGAAAUGUCGCACCAACUCACCGCAGUGGCUACCUGCUGCUAACAAGGAGAAGAACCACACAGGGGAACAGCCCCUGAUAUUGCAGAGCUUCCUGGCAGCCAACAAGCAAGAGCAAGUAGAUGGUGUGCUUCCCGCUCCCAACCCUGUCAGCAAGAGACAGAGCCAGAGUGCUGGCAUGUAUCGCGAUGAUCCGGAUUAUUUCUGCCGAGGUAACAGCACACAUCAGUACCUGACUGCGACUGAGAUGCCUGGCCAAUCAGAGAGACUGGUGGACCUGGCACUGGGUCGACCCACUAGGACUAGCCUGUUGCGGGUCAGACAACGAACCAAAUCGGCGCCUGGAGUACGAGCCAUAGUGGAGGUAAAGACUCAUCUACACAAACAACAGCAACUGGCAGCAAAAACUGAAGAGCGCUACAAAAGUGUUGAUAUUCCACAGGAUUUGCUGCCUGUGACAGAAGGUGAUGAAACGGUUCGUCAGUUUUUGAUUGGUGCACGGUAUAACAGGCAAGAUCCUCUGCACUGCUUUAAGAUGAAUGUGCCUGUCAAGGAUAACCUGCCCAGCAACGUUGCACACUUGAGAGGCAGUGUAUCAUUUUUAAACCUGACCGAGAGCUGUGAGUCGUUUGGCAGCGAGUCCAACCUGAGUGAACUAGCAGCGUCGAAUCGGGACCCACCUUGUCCUAAAUCAGCCUGGUCAACCUUGGGACAGGAUGACCGUUUGGUUGCCUCAAAGGGGGCCCUGCAUGGUACUGGCACUCCUGCCCCCAGCCCAUCCCCAGCCAACCGUAGUCAGGAGACGUUCCUCUCCAAGCGUGGUUCAGGGUGGAGGAAGAGACCUAAGCUGAAGAUAAUUGAUGGCAAGUCUUUGAAGCAAGAUGGUGGUCAGGAGUGCUGCAUCAUGUGCAAGAGCGAGGAGUUUCCUAGGCAAUACCAGCGCUUUGCUCCAGGAAGUCACUUCAUGAGAGUCAAGGAUGCAGGGAAGGAGGAGGAGGAUGGAGAUUGGCAUCAAAACAAGGAUCACAUGCUCGUCCAGCAGUAUCAUCUUAGAAUCAUGGGCAUCAAGUACGGCGUGACGUCUGGUCCCCAAGCUCCUCCACCUCCACGCAGUAAUUUGCUGUACACCACCAAGAAGUCUGGGAACACGACAGAACUGCCAUUUAUCAAACAGGCAAGGAAUGUCCGAACCAACAACAGGAACAACAGCGGCGAUGAUUCUCCAACCAACAAACCCCGAGAUGCAAUCCCAGACCGGCCAUCUUCAAACUCAAGCAAGAUCUCUGUCAGGAUUAGCACACAUAGUGAUGUAGAUGAGGAUGCUCAAUCCACACCUCAAGAAGACACUCCCAGAGCUGAUGUUGCACACGGAUAUUGCGCCAAGGAGGAUAACAACAAUCAAGUAGGAAAUGCUGUCACAAAUGGGGAGACUGUACAGGUGGAAAGCAGCAAGGAAGGCAUGGACACGCACAGGAGCAAUGAAGCCUCAGAAGAGAUUGCACAAGCAGUUGUUGAUGAUGCGCAAGAUGAAGGAGAUACCUCAGUUGAUAAAGAUACCGGUCAGGAUGAACCAAGUGGAGCUGUCUCAGCAAACAAUGCAGAACAAGAAGAUGAUGAGAGGCAUGGUGAGGACAUCGCCGAGCAAGGAAUCUCCAAGGACCAUCCUGGUGGCGAGACUCAAGACACGGGUCGGGAUGACGUAGAAGACGAUACACCAAAGGAGAGCAGUGACUUAAAAGGCGAUGCAAGAGAUGAUUCAACAGAUGUUUUUUCCAAAGAAGUCCAAGAUGUGCAACAAACAAAUGAUGAUGUUGCUCGAGAAGACAUUCACAAUGACCAACCAGUGCAUGAUGGUCUCAAGGAACUAGCAGAAAGUACAGAGAUUCAGAAUCCUACUGACUCUGGAAAGGACUGUGAGGCAAUUAAUGGGACAGACCAGUAGCAACAGAAAGAUAUUAUAUUUGAUUUGAUAAUAAGGACUGCCUAACAGUGGCCUGUUGUUGGAAAAAUUACAAUCACUGUUCAGUAAGUGGUAGUAAUUGGAAAUGUUUCAGUAAACUCUAAAUUGUGUAUGGUUGUAUCGUGGAUGCAGAUUUCAACAAUAAUUUGUCGAAUUGCUACCUGAGAUUCACUGGCACAGUCCUUGAACAGGCACAUGCUGUUGCCAAUGUUCUUAUGAAUCUGUGACUAUUUUCACUUAUCAAUAAUGGUUUAAUUCUUCAUUUGGCCAUAAUGAACGGUCCCAAAACAUAAUUUGGCCAAAACGUGAAAAAAUCAGAUGAAUCUCACUUGCCAGUGCCAGGGUCGAUAAAAUCAACCCAGUUGCCAAUAUAUAAUGUAUUGCCAGGCAGAGUUUAAUAUGACAACGCAGCCUCAUAAUUAUGCGACCUAUUUGACCUGUCUUUGACUGGCAUGUAAAUGGGUUUAAUAUUUACUGCAGGUUUUCUUGCAGAGCUUUACGUGUGCUUGUUAUCGUGCUGUGUCAAAUUAACAAAAGUCAUCAGUUAAGAGACAAGGGCGGAUCCAGAACCACAUUUUUGAAGGGGGGGGGGGGCAAGAGCUCAAGUAUUUUUUAUCUUCAAAAAGGGGAAAGGGAUUAGGUAUAUAAUAUAUCGUAUAACUGUAUAGUAUGGGGGAGGAGGCUUGGCCUCUGUUGGUACCCCCCCCCCCCCCCCGGGGGAUCCGCCAGUGUAGCAUUGAUAUUUCUGCUUUCGUAGUGUAAUUUUUGUUGUAAAUAUUUUUCCCGAAGAGCUGCAUACAUUUUCCAAAGGCUUUUUGUUUUCUUACACAGAUUGUUUUGCUGUGAAACACUAAACACUUUGUUGCUUUCCCUUUUAAAACCUUAUUGUCCGCUAGUUAAAUAAUGUAUAUAAUUCGCUAAGGCACAAACGUUUAAAUUGAAAACUUCUUUGUACUGAAAAUAUAUCACUGAAAGUUAGUGAAACAUCCAUUUCAAAGAAACGUCUAUUUAUUAAAAUAAAUUUUCGGUAUAGAAAAUUAGCGAUAUCAUGCAUGGAUGAUUUAAUUCCCUGUUUCAAAAACAGAUUGUGUAAAACACUUAAAAUUGGGAAAUAUUUUAAAUUAUAGCAUAAUUGUUUUUAACUACUGUUUUAUUUUUUACAAAUGAAGUAAAAUUUUUCGGUUACCUAUUAUUUUGAAUGCAAGCCAGAUUGUUUGGGAAGUGAAACAGUAGCCAGAUUUCUUUACGCACUUUUCCCUUUUUUUAUUUGAAUAUGAAAAAAACUGAAGAUGUAUUGUUUUAUUACCACCAGCGAUGGCAUUAUUACCAGGUAUUGUGACAGUUUUCAGGUUUUUAUUAUAUGUUGCUUUUGGAGUGUGUGCUAUUUGCUUCAGCUGCGCUGAGCCGAACUGUAAAUAAAAAGAACACAAGCUUUGCCCUCA